AGUGAAACCGAAAGUUAUCGAGUCCAGACGCCAUUUCGGAGGACGCGAAAUCUAACAAAUGUCUUCCCUUUCCACGGCCUGAAAUCAAGUAUCUCAUCUAGGAAGAAAACAAGCAGAAGAACUGCCUGUACAAUGAAUGCAUAUGGAGAAAGAGAGCUGGAGAAUUCUAUAGACACUCAGAGAGCAGCAUCUCCAGGAAUCAGCAGUAUGUCUAUAAAGAGUAACAACUCCAUGUUUCUGCCCCCUCGGCUCAGUGAUGUUGACGCUCAGAGAGCAGCAUCUCCAGGAUUCAGCGGUGUGUCUGUGAAGAGUAACAACUCCAUGUUUCUGCCCCCUCGGCUCAGUGAUGUUGACACUCAGAGAGCAGCAUCUCCAGGAUUCAGCGGUGUGUCUGUGAAGAGUCACAGCUCAAUGUUUCAGCCCCUUGGCCUCAGUUAUGUUGACACUCAGAGAGCAGCAUCUCCAGGAUUCAGCGGUGUGUCUAUGAAGAGUAACAACUCCAUGAUUCAGCCUCCUAAUCUCAGUUAUGUUGACGCUCAGAGAGCAGCAUCUCCAGGAUUCAGUGGUGUGUCUGUGAAGAGUAACAACUCCAUGAUUCAGCCCCCUUAUCUCAGUGAUGUUGAUGCUCAGAGAGCAGCAUCUACAGGAUUCAGCGGUGUGUCUAUGAAGAGUAACAACUCCAUGUUUCUGCCCCCUGGUCUCAGUGAUGUUGACGCUCAGAGAGCAGCAUCUCCAGGAUUCAGCUAUGUGUCUAUGAAGAGUAACAACUCCAUGUUUCUGCCCCCUGGUCUCAGUGAUGUUGACGCUAAGAGAGCAGCAUCUCCAGGAUUCAGCUGCGUGUCUAUGAAGAGUAACAACUCCAUGUUUCUGCCCCCUGGUCUCAGUGAUGUUGACGCUCAGAGAGCAGCAUCUCCAGGAUUCAGCUGCGUGUCUAUGAAAAGUAACAACUCCAUGUUUCUGCCCCCUGGUCUCAGUGAUGUUGAUGCUCAGAGAGCAGCAUCUCCAGGAUUCAGCGGUGUGUCUAUAAAGAGUAACAACUCCAUGUUUCUGCCCCCUGGUCUCAGUUACGUUGACACACAGAGAGCAGCAUCUCCAGGAUUCAGCUGCGUGUCUAUGAAAAGUAACAACUCCAUGUUCCUGCCCCCUGGUCUCAGUGAUGUUGACGCUAAGAGAGCAGCAUCUCCAGGAUUCAGCUGCGUGUCUAUGAAGAGUAACAACUCCAUGUUUCUGCCCCCUGGUCUCAGUGAUGUUGACGCUCAGAGAGCAGCAUCUCCAGGAUUCAGCUGCGUGUCUAUGAAGAGUAACAACUCCAUGUUUCUGCCCCCUGGUCUCAGUGAUGUUGACACACAGAGAGCAGCAUCUCCAGGAUUCAGUUGCGUGUCAAUGAAAAGUAACAACUCCAUGUUUCUGCCCCCUGGUCUCAGUGAUGGACCUGAUGUGACCUCUGACCCUGUCAGAAAGAGAAAGAGAGCAGCUUCUCCACUGCAGCCUCCAGAUCUCAGUAAUGGAUCAGUGGCCUUUGACCCUGUUGUCUGGAGAGCUGACCAGAUCAGAGAUGUGUCCUGUCAGACCUUCACAUCCUCCUUCAGUCAGAACCACUUCAGUCAACAUGACACAGAAGAAGAUCUGCAGCUCGAUUCUCACAAAACAGUGCAUGAUGAUCUUCAAAGAGUCAAAGACCAGCACAAAACCAGUAUGAAGAACAGGUAUGAGAGCUUAUUUGAGGGAAUCAAACUACAAGAGAAUCAAACCCUCCUGAACAGGAUUUACACACAGCUGUACAUCAUAGAGGGAGAGAGUGAAGGAGUGAAUGAAGAACAUGAGGUGCUACAGAUGGAGAAAAGUUACAGGUCAAUCCAAGACACUCCAAUCAACUGCAAUGACAUCUUUAAUCCUUCACCUGAACCAGGAUAUGAGGAGAAGAGAAGAGAGAAGAAUGACAAAAUAAAGACUGUUCUUACUAAAGGCAUCGCUGGAAUUGGAAAAACUGUCUCUGUGCAGAAGUUCAUUCUGGACUGGGCCGAGGGAAGAGCCAAUCAGGAUGUAGAUUUCAUGUUUGUGCUUCCAUUUCGAGAGCUGAACUUGAUUAAAGAUCAUCAGUACAGUCUUCACAGACUUCUGCUUGACCUUCAUUCUGAACUUCAUGGUCUGGACUCAAAGAUUUAUGAUAAAUGCAAAGUUGUGUUCAUCUUUGAUGGUCUGGAUGAAAGCAGGAUUUCACUGAUGUUUACAGACUGUCAGAAAGUUUCUGAUGUGACUGAGGUUUCUUCAGUGAGUCUGUUGAUGUCAAACCUCAUGAGAGGAGAUCUGCUUCCCUCUGCUCUCAUCUGGAUCACCACCAGACCAGCAGCAGCCAAUCAGAUCCCCUCCAACUACAUCAGCCGUGUGACAGAGAUUCAAGGAUUCAAUGACCCUCAGAAGGAGGAAUAUUUCAGGAAGAGAAUCAGUGACGAGCAUCAAGCCAGCAGAAUCAUCUCACACAUCAGAAGAGCAAGAAGCCUCCACAUCAUGUGCCACAUACCCGUCUUCUGCUGGAUCUCAGCCACUGUGCUUCAAAACAUCCUGAAACAAGAUCUCAGUGCAGAAAUCCCUCAAACUCUGACUGAAAUGUACAUCUACUUCCUGCUCAUUCAAACAAAUAUGAGGAACCAGAAAUAUGAAGAGAGAGGUUCAGGGAAACUCCUGCAGUCCAACAGAGAAGUGAUUGUGAAACUGGCUGAACUGGCUUUCAAUCAGCUGAUGAAGGGCAAUGUGAUGUUUUAUGAGGAGGACCUGAGAGAGAGUGGCAUUGACGUCACUGAUGCCUCAGUGUAUUCUGGGAUUUGCACUGAGAUCUUUAGGGAGGAAUCUGUGAUUUAUCAGAGGAAGGUUUACAGCUUUGUACAUCUGAGCUUUCAGGAGUUUUUUGCAGCACUGUAUGUGUUUUACUGUUAUUUACACAAGAACAGUGAGGUUCUGAAAAUGUUCCUGACAGGAAAGUCCAGAACUCAGAGUGAAGACUUUUCUCUGGAUUUGUUUCUGAAGGGAGCAAUUAAUAAAGCCUUGGAGAGUAAAACUGGACACCUGGAUCUUUUCCUUCGGUUUCUUCAUGGCAUCUCACUGGAAUCAAAUCAGAUACUUUUACAGGAUGUGCUGAUACACACAGAGAACAACCCAGAGAGCAUCAAGAAAAUAAUCAAAAACCUCAAACAAGGUCAAAAAAACAAUGUCAGUCCUGAAAGAUGGAUGAAUCUGUCACACUGCUUAAUUGAGAUGAAGAAUAAUUCUGUUGUUGAAGAAAUGCAGGCGUUUUUAAAAUCUGGCACAAAAGGAAAAAAACUUUCCCUUGCACAAUGCUCAACAUUGGCAAACAUGAUCCUGAUGUCAGAGGAGGUGCUGGAUGAGUUAGACUUUAAUAAGUACAACAUCAAAUCAAAAGAGGGCAGAAGAAGACUGGUACCUGCUGUGAGGAACUGCAGAAAAGCUGUAUUGGCAGACUGUAAUCUCACUGAUCAGCACUUUGAAAUUGUGGCUUCAGCUCUACAGUCAUCAAACUCCAUAAGAGAGUUGGACCUGAGUAACAACUCUCUGCAGGAUUCAGGAGGGAAGCUUCUCUCUGCCGCACUGAAGAGUCCAAACUGUCAACUCUGUGUACUGAGAUUAUCCGGCUGUUUGGUGAAAGAGGAAGGUUGUGCUGCUCUGACAUCAGCUCUGAGUUCCAACCUUUCACACCUGAGAGAGCUGGACCUGAGUAACAAUGACCUGCAGGAUUCAGGAGUAAAGUUCCUCUCUAUUGGACUGAGGAGUCCAAAUCAGCUCAACAUACUGAGGUUUGUGGUUGUAGUGUGUGUCUGACUAUAGGCGUUAUUUCAAUCUGAACAACAAGAACUAUGCAAUCUUUUACUGUUGGAUCCAGGUUUGCCCUUUGUCUGCUUGUAACUAUUGUGCCAUGUCUUGUUCUCCACUGAAAAGGGAGAGUUUAUAAUGAGUCCUCCAGCCACCCCUAUAAUAGCGGUGACCCAUGUAGUACCCUAGCUCCACAGUUGUAUUUUUCCCAAAUCGAACACACCUGGUUCAGUUCAUCAGCUUGUUAGUAGAGACUUCAGGACCUCAAAGGGUUUUCAGAUGAGAAAGAAAUUUAAAAUAUGUACUGUGAGGGUAUUACAGGAUCAGGGUUUUAGAGGACCACUGCUUUAGGAUAAGGGUCUAUUCCCACUAGCUCUUGGCACUUACACUCUUCCACAUCUUCUAAUGAUUACAAAUAAAUACAUAUACAAUAAAAACAAAUAAAUCAUAAAGAAAUUGCAGUGCAUUUUUCAGGAUAUUACAUAUGUUUAGUUAUUGGAAAUGUGAAAAGUACUCAAGAUAAAGUUUGCUAAAAAAAAAAAAAUAAUACUUUGUGUCUGGCCAAAAACAUACUUGACUAAAAAUAGUACAACUUUAAAUUGUACUCCAAUAUUAAAAAAGUAGAAGUAUCCUAGAAAAAGUGAAAAGAAAGAAAUUAUAUUCAUCAUAUUAAAUUAUCUCAGUGCAAAGUGAAAUAGCUUAAAAAUAAACUGCAUAAAAUAUUUUGUCUGGCAGUUUGGUUAAAGGAGGAAAACCAAAAAUGCAGUGGUCAAACAUCUAUCUAGUGCAACAACAACAAUUAAAAUGCAGUACAGAGGAACACAAACAUACAGGCAUUAAAGGGAAACUCCAUCCUUCUCCCUCAUGGCAGCCCAUAUGUAUUAGUGUUGUCACGAUACCAAAAUUAUCGUUUCAAUACCAAAACCUAGUCAAGAAUUGUAAUUUCGAUACUUUUCCUGAAAGGGGAAAAUACACUCAAAUAUCAUUGAUAUGCUUUAUUUUAAAACAGGGACAACAUUCUAAUCA